UUAUAAAUCCCUAUGUGGCACUCACAAAAUUCCCAUAGUUUCUUAAAUUUGUUGUGUUUACUUUACUUUUUGUAAAUUUAUCGAGUUACCGGGGUCAUGGUUAAGAACUCAGCAGCGGAUUUGGAUCUACCGGUGGCCAGUUGGCAUAGGGGACUGUCCAUCGAUCAGAUGCAGGCGGCUGAUGACCUGGGAACGGCACUGGGAUACAAUAUCAGUGGCAUUCGCGACUGCUUGCUGCGCCUUGGAUUGCGUCCUUUGGUCAGGAACCGCCAGCUUCUCAGGAUUGUGCAAUUGAGUCGCGGCCAAAAGCUGGCCUUUCUCUACUUUCUGUUCCAGGAACAUUACGAUUCCGGUGGGUCAUGUAAAAAAUUCACGGUUAAUGGACAACUCCUGCUCUCGGCCAUCGCCUAUCUGGACCUGCCAGCCACUUUUCGAGCACUGGACAAAGUUCUGCCCCUUAGCGGAAAUCGUGUCAGUAAAUCGAAUGCGACACCAGAACUGCAAAAGAAGCAGUCUCGGCGGCUUUCCUGCGCAACACCGAAUCCCUCGGUCUUUGAAUCAAACACCCCAAAGGAUUUAGAGGAUCAGAUGCCAUUGGAUCUGCCAGCCACAUUUCGAGCGUUAGACAAAGUUCUUUCCUCACAGCUAACGCAACACAAAGAAUUGCCAAAAUCCGGGAAAAGUGUAAAGCCCUACUUUCAGAAGCAGCCACGCCCAAAAUCAUUCCGCCAAUCAACCCAUUUAACUUCGAAUUCCCCGCUUUUUGAGGUACAGAUUCCCAAUGAGGUGGGAGAUCCCAGAGCGGAUGACGACCGGUGGUUCGCCGAUUUUCAAUUGCAUCCGAUCCAACGAACAGUUAAGGCGGUUAUCAACCAUGAGCUCUGCCAUCUGUUUGAUCAAAUAGACGAGGCGCCCAACGAUCCAGCUCAGGAUCCAAGGGAUCUGUGUGAAUUCCACGAGGAAAAGAGAUCUCUGGAGCGACAGGCCUUUCUGGCUGAGCAGCGCCGACGUUACCUGGAGAUGAUUGAUGUGGAAGGGACUGAAAAGAGGCUCACAAGGGAGCGGAUUAUAAAGCACCUGAAUCGGGACGUGGAUGAGUACCUUCUUAAGUUCGGCGACAAGGGCUGGAGUCCCGGAGUUCCUGCCUUUCGAAAAACAGGCUGUGCCGCCUGCAACAAACUGGUCCACGUGAGCCUGGAGACUCCUCCGCAGGUUCUCCUCCUGGAAGGUGAAUGGGGACGUCUGUACGACAGGAGUGGGCCCAGGAUGCGGCUUUGCGCGGGGGAGGAUGUCAACCGAGAGUUCCAGAAAGAUAAGACAUUAAAAACACAACCAGAAUAUUUUACGGCACCCGGAAGACACAGACCCUAUGCCUUCAACUAUGCAAGAAUAUUUGAAGAGGGCAGUAACCAAUCGUUGAAUACCAAAGGAUUCAUUGGGAAUUCCUUGGUCAAAGCACUCGAUGAUGUGGAGGUGAAGGAAAGAAGGUUACCCAGGACCAUUAGAAGCAGCCACAUCAACGAGGCGGUCUCCCGAUGUGUGAGAAAAAUCUUCGAGAAAAGUUUGCUGUCGGUUCCGAACCUGGUUACGCCAAAGAAUUCCACGGAACGCCUCGUCUAUCACCACAAGCGAAUCGAUCCCGAUGACGAAGAGUUCAUGGAUCAGAUGCUAAACGAUGCUUUUAAGAUAUUACGACGCGAUAGAAGACUCGUUCUGGCCGGUCUUCCCGAUGGUCAUAAGAUACCGGAGCUACGAGAGUGGAUUCGGAGGAGAUAUGGCAAACGAUAUGGCCCGCUAACCGAUGUGGAGGCAGAGAAGCUCAGGCAGAAGGUGAAGAAUCUGCCGGAGAUGGAAAAGAAAUUGAUUCCGCUGAUGGCUAAUGUAGAUCCCCGGACGGUCCGACAAAAUCCCGACCCCUUUGCCCAGUAUAAAGAUAUUAUGGUUGCGGCUAAUAAGUUCAAGAAAUCGUUCCGGGAGGAAGUCCUCCAGAUUAUCCUCAAGCAAACCCGACUCUGCUGGCAGGCGCAGCACAAUCUGCGCACCUACAACAGCUCCGGACUUCGUCGCACUUUCUUCACAUAUCUUCCAAGCAGUGCCUCCAGUAGAGAUCCCACCUUCAGUCUCUAUUUGGCACAGAAAAAAGGCGGAUCCUAAGUUAGAUUGUGUCAAGAGAUUACAAUAUGAUCCUUUUCUAAGGCCAACAUAAUCAUUUUAAUCGUAGCAGAUAGAAUGAAUAUCAUUGACCUUAGAUGGUAUCAGUUAUUUAAAUUACUUAAUGAUUAGUUUCCAUCAAAAUUAAUUGUUUAUUUGAUUCCUCUAUCAUUUUUACCACUUGACAAGAAAGCUUUUA